CGGAAGCAUUUGUGUGCAUUUGCAAGCAGUUCUUGAAAAUCGUUAAUAAUAUUUCAACAAAUCCUUCCCCGAUCGUCUAAACAAAUGAGUCAAAUGAGACUUGCUUCUAUCGAUUUUUCUGUGAAGAACUCAAUGUAAAUUCAUUCUCAAGCAGCAAAGAAUAUCCAUAUAAAGCUCGGAUAGCCAACACAAAUUCGUGGCAGAAAUUGGCCUAGCAACAUCGUUCGAGAGACAGCACAUCAAAUUGUCCCAUGGCAUCGGCUACGGCACCGUUGCUUGAGGAAGCCGUGCCAUUUGGCGAAGAGGAUGAGCUGAACCAAGACGGGAUUGUUAAAAGGCUCUCCCAUCCCUAUGUGACUUUCUUCCACAUAGUUUUCCGUUCAGCGGCGAUAGCGACGUACCUGUUUUGUGGCUGGUUCAGCGACAGUUUUAUAACUAAUUUCGUGUUCGUGGUGCUGUUGCUUUCCGCCGAUUUUUGGACCGUCAAAAAUAUUACGGGUCGUUUGCUUGUCGGGCUACGCUGGUGGAACUACGUCGAUGACGACGGUGUGUCACACUGGAUAUUCGAGUCAAAGAAGGGCGAAAACUACUCCGUUAAGUUCAAUCCCCAUGAAGUGCGCAUCUUUUGGUUGGCACUAGUGGUAUGCCCGGUAUUGUGGGUGUUCUUCUUCAUUGUGGCAUUGUUUGGAUUCAAGUUCAAGUGGUUGUUGCUGGUGUUGAUAGCACUUGCGUUGAAUGGAGCUAACUUGUAUGGCUAUCUCAAAUGCAACUUUGGAGCUGGAGCAAAUCUGGGCACAACUACAUCCAAUUUCGUAAAAAGUCAAGUGUUGAAAAAUGCUGUUAAUCUCAUAACGCGUCCGUCCUCGGCUCCUCCUCCUUCCUCGCGAACGCGGCCAACAGGGUUUGGUCAGUUUUAAACAGACUCUAUGUCUCAGAUGUGUGUGAAAGUGCUGCGAUUAUAAAGGUUCUGAAUAACCCCAGCUUCGACCGUCUCAACACGAGAUAUGAGCGAAAUAGUUUACCGUUGGUACGGUAAACCACAUUUACUAGACUAGAGUGAGAUAAAAUGAUAAAAUGCCUAUAAUGAGUUCAAUGAAACAAACACUGUGAGUUGAUUUAUUCAAGAACCAUUCAUUUAAAAACGUAAGCAGAUCUAUCAAUGGUACAGCAGUACGCAUUCACAUACAAAUAUCGCCCUCUAAAAAAUCACAUCACUAUUUGAAGGUAUUUUGCAAGUUUCGUCAUUGUUUUCGGAUCUGCUGCCGUUAAUGCUGAAUUGUAAAGCUGCUUAGACAAAUUGAAUCAACCUAAAGCGCUGCGCGUUUGCUAAUGUACGACCGUAGGGUAACGAACGGAUCGAUAGCUAGGAUACAAGUACAUAAAGGUGGACGCCUUACCUGCCAGAGCAACAAAAAAACAUCGCACAAAACAUGUUUGUAAGAAAGCUUUUGUAAAUAGGUGAAUCUGGUUAUGCGUAAUGGAAUGUAACGUAUUUUGAGGCACCACUCAAACCUGAAUUUCGUUGAUUCUGUGAGUAAUGACUAAACGCAUUUUCAAUAAACAAAACCCGGGAUUUCGUUUCUA